AUGUCAUUCGCAGGCGUAUCCUUGAUCCGCGACGGCAGGCUAUGGCCUUCCGCGUCGGCCACCAACGAUGCCGGCGCCGCCAGUGGGUACCACCUGCUCGUGGUCGAAGGCUACUCGCGUACCAAGGCCGACGUCCUCACUGGGAAAUACAUCGAGUCUCGCUCUUUUAGAGUCGGAGGGUACCUCUGGUUUCUCAAGUACUACCCCAACGGCCAGGCGUCGGGCUACGCGGACUUUAUCUCCGCUUCUCUGAUCCUUGCCCAGGAUGUUGCAACGCCCGUAAAGGCGAAGAGGGAUGACUUCGAGAAUUCGGAACAUCUCAAGGAUGACAGUUGCACCAUCAGGUGCGAUGUUGUCGUCAUCGAAGACGUCAAUGCCAAGGCCACGGCUUCACCGUUCGUCACGGUGCCACUGCCUGACAUGCAGCGGCACUUCGCCGACCUCCUGGCGUCCAAGGAAGGCGCGGACGUGACGUUCAAGGUCGGUGGAGAGAAAUUCUCCGCACACCGGUGCGUCCUCGCGGCACGGUCUAGAGUCUUCAAGGCCGAGCUUUUUGGCCCGAUGAAGGAGGGCGCAUCAGCAGCGGGUGCCAUACAUGUAGAGGACAUGGAGGUUCAAGUUUUCAGGGCAAUUCUUGCGUUCAUUUACAAUGACUCGGAACCAGAGCUGGAGAAGGGAGAUGAUGAAGAUGUGAUUUGGCAACAGCUACUUGUUGCGGCGGAUAGGUAUGAUCUCCGGCGGCUGAAGCUCAUGUGUGAAGAUAAUCUGUGCGGGUUCAUCAAUGUGAACACCACGACGGCCAUCCUGGCUCUAGCUGAGCGCCAUGGUUGUGAUGGGCUGAAGAAGGCGUGCUACGAUUUUCUGGCCACUCCAGGAAAUGUUAAGGCUGUCGUGGCCACUGAUGGCUUCGACCAUCUGAUCAGCAGCUUCCCAUCUGUUGUCAAGGAGUUGAUGGUCAUGCUUGCUCCUUAG